AUGUUCCGGGGACCCCCAGAGGAGGACUUACCUGUUAUAGCCAAGACCGCCUACCUACCUGCCCAGUAUCACCAAAGACCUCCUACCUACCUGUCCUGUAUCACCAGAGAUCACCUACCUACCUGUCCUGUAUCACCAAAGACCACCUACCUGUCCUGUAUCACCAAAGACCAUCUACCUGUCCUGUAUCACCAGAGACCGCCUACCUACCUGUCCUGUAUCACCAGAGACCGCCUACAUACCUGUCCUGUAUCACCAGAGACCACCUACCUACCUGCCCUGUAUCACCAGAGACCGCCUACCUACCUGUCCUGUAUCACCAGAGACCACCUACCUGUCCUGUAUCACCAGAGACCACCUACCUACCUGCCCUGUAUCACCGACGACCACCUACCUGUCCUGUAUCACCGACGACCACCUACCUGUCCUGUAUCACCAGAGACCACCUACCUACCUGUAUCACCAGAGACCACCUACAUACCUGUCCUGUAUCACCAGAUACCGCCUACAUACCUGUCCUGUAUCACCAGAGACCACCUACCUGCCCUGUAUCACCAGAGACCGCCUACAUACCUGUCCUGUAUCACCAGAGACCACCUACCUACCUGCCCUGUAUCACCAAAGACCACCUACCUACCUGUCCUGUAUCACCAGAGACCACCUACCUGUAUCACCAGAGACCACCUACCUACCUGCCCUGUAUCACCAAAGACCACCUACCUACCUGUCCUGUAUCACCGACGACCACCUACCUACCUGGCCUGUAUCACCAGAGACCACCUACCUGUAUCACCAGAGACCACCUACCUACCUGCCCUGUAUCACCAGAGACCACCUACCUACCUGCCCUGUAUCACCAGAGACCACCUACCUACCUGUCCUGUAUCACCAGAGAUCACCUACCUACCUGUCCUGUAUCACCAGAGAUCACCUACCUACCUGUCCUGUAUCACCAGAGACCACCUACCUGUCCUGUAUCACCAGAGAUCACCUACCUACCUGUCCUGUAUCACCAGAGACUACCUACCUGCCCUGUAUCACAUGAGACCACCUACCUGUCAUGUAUCACCAGAGACCACCUACCUAGCUGACCUAUAUUAUCUGAGACCACCUACCACCCAUUCUGUGUCACCUAAAACCACACACCUACCUACCUAA